GUGGAAACAGUCGUGAACACCGUCCAUUAUGGACCACAACUUACGGAUGAACAAUGCCACACAGUGCAAAGUCUAGUUACUGAGUUCGCUGACGUAUUUGCAUUAUCAACCAGAGAGGUGAAACAGGUAGACUUCGUCAAAUUCCGGUUGUCGAUACCGCCAGAUACAGUCUUCCCCAAGAAGGUCCAUCAGCGCCCGUUGACACAACCACAAAGAGAAUACCUGUUCCCAGUUCUGGAUGAGAUGAGAAAGGCAGGAAUUACUCGAUUCAUA